GUCCCUCUGUCACAUAAUGUGACCUCCCCACAUAUUUCACCUUGCUAUACUCGUUUGUGUUCUUUAAAGGAUAGUUACAUUUGUUGCAAGAGACGAACAUCACUUGCCAGUUGUCUGAAGACCUGAAUGUUACUCACAGGCCCUCGUCCAAAGGCAUGUUAGAAGCUACUCGGGUCUCCCAUCAUACUCUGGUUGAUUUAGCACAAUGAGUAACCUGUUGGACAGCCCCAAGAAGGUGCUCCUCACUGGAAGGCCAGGGAGCAUUAGUGAUCUGCAGCAGCUGGACAAUAAACAAGGAGGUGUUAUUACUGGAAUAAAGGAAGAUGAUCCAGUUGCAAGUAACUUGGAUAUAAAAGAAGGGGAUGAACUCCUUGGGGCCACAAUGAACUUUCAGAAGGCUGAUGAUGUUAAUAUUUUAAAAGCAGCAGAACCAUACAAAGCAGGUCUACAGCUUCAUACUAAAAAUGACAUUCAGCUGCCUCAAGUGAAUGAUUUUAGUUUAAAGAAAGGUCAUGUGGUUGCAAGCUCUUCAACAUAUGAUGAGCUCUUCAAAAAAAAGAUUGGACCGCAUCUUAAAGGAUAUGUUUCCAUGUCUGAUGUAUCAAACGUAGGCAUAAAUAAUGGACAGUCAAAGUUUAAACUGCCACAGGCUCCUAAUAAGCAUGAUUUUGCUUUUGAUUUACCUGGUAUUGAUGCUAAAAUACCCAGUAUCAAUGAUCCCAAAGCUAAUGUCUCACUACCAAAGGUCCAAGGUCCAGAUGUUAAUGUAAGACUAUCAAAAGAUGGCAUCCAAGUACCAAACUGGAGAAGUCCAACAUUAAAUGUUGAAGGUGCAGAAAAGAGUGUUCCUGAAAUUAAUGGUCUUGAUAUAAAAACACACCUUCCAACAGCAGAUCCACAAAUAAACAUUCCCAGUAUAAAAGAGCCAGAUGUAAAUGUUAAUCUUCCUAAAAUAAGCACAAAAGGCUCAGAAAUCCUUGAUUUGGGAAUUUUGUCCCCAAAAGCAAAUCUGAAAACAUCAGUGUUAACAAGCUCAGAAUUAAAUGUUGAUUUACCAAAGGAAGGGUUACACAUUCCGGAAGUAAAUGGUCCAAACGUAAAUGUUGAUCUUCCAAAAGCUGAUUUCCAGAUUCCAAAACUCAAAGGUCAAGAAAUAAAUGUUGUCCUUCCCAAGGCAGAUAUAAAAUUUCCCAAUAUAAAAGGUCCUGAUAUGAAAUGUGAUCUUCCUGAUGCUACUGUUCAACCCCUCAAAGUGAAAAGUCCAGAAUUUAAUGUUGAUCUAUCUAAGGCAGGGUCUCACAUUCCAGAGCUAAAAGGUCCAGAAGUAAAUGUUGACCUUCCAAAAGUUGAUUUACAGAUUCCAAAACUCAAAGGUCACAAAUUAAAUGUUGACCUUCCCAAGGCAGAGAUAAAAAUUCCAAAUGUAAAAGGUCCUGAUAUGAAAAGUGAUCUUCCUGGUGCUAGUUUUCAACCCCUGAAAUUGAAUAGUCCCGAACAAAAUAUCAGUCUACCUAAGACAGACUUACAUACUCCUGAACUAAAAGGUCCAAAAUUGAAUGUUGUCAAUAUUCCAAAGCUAAAAUGUCCAGAAGGAAAUGCUGACUUUCCGAAAUUAGAUUUACAAGUUCCAAAACUGAAAGGUCACGAUGUGAACAUAGAUGUUCCCAGUGUACCCCAACUGAAGGAUUCAAAAGUAAAUGUCAGUCUACCUAAAGUAGAUAUUCAAACUCCAAAUCCAAAAGGUCCGGAAGUGAAUGUUAACCUUCCAAAAGUAGAUCUGCAAAUGCCAAAAAUAAAAGGCUCUGAAAUGACUAUAGAUCUCCCUAAAGAGCCAGAACUAAAUGUUAAUAUGCCUAAGGUAGAUAUUAACAUGCAAAAAGUGAAAAGUCCAGAAGUAAAUCUUCCUAAAGCUGAUUUACAAAUUCCAAAAAUAAAAAGUCCUGAAGUCAACAUUGGUGUCCCAAAACCAGAAGCAAAAGGGAAGUUCAAACUGCCUUCAUUUGGCUUAUUUAAUUUAAAGAAAGAUACCCCGAACACAGAAAUAAAUGUAAAAUCUGGAAAACUGAAAGGGUCCGAAGUUAAUGCUAAUAUUCCCAAAACAGAUAUGCAGAUUCCAAAACUUAAAGGCCUAGAAGUAAACAGUGAUGUCCCCAAAGCAAAUAUACAGAUUCCAAAACUGAAUGGUCCAGAAGUAAAUGCCAAUUUUCAAGCCAUUGAUCUAAAAACUCAAGAAUCUAACAUUGAUCUACCAAAACCAGAUCUUCACAUUCCAGAAAUAAGGGGUAAAGGAUUUGGCAUUGACAUUCCAAACCUUGAUUUACAGAUUCCAAAAGGUCCAGAAGUUGAUGUUGAUCUACCCAAAGCAAAUAUGCAAGUUCCAAAACUUAAAGAACAAAAAGUGAAAGUAGACCUUCCAAAAGUCAAUUUACAAGCACCUAAACUGAAAGAGCCAGAAAUGAAUGUUGAUCUCCCUAACAUAGAUAUUAAUUUGCCAAAACGGAAAGACGCAGACUUAAAUGUUGGUGUUCCUAAUGUCGAUGUAGGCAUACCAAAUAUUAAAGGCCAGGAAGUUAAUGUAAAUCUUCCUAAAGCUGAUUUACACCUUCCAAAGCUGAAUUGUCCAGAGGUAAACCUUGAUGUCCCAAAAUCAAAAGUAAAAGGCAAGUUUAAAAAACCCUCAUUUAAAUUCUUUAGCUUUAAAAAAGAUGCACCCAAUGCAGAAAUAAAUGUGAAAUCCCCAAAUAUUGAAGCUGCUGGUGACAUAUCAAAAAUAGAUUUGAAAGGAAAAGCAGAGCUAGAUGUUAAUGCUCCCAAUAUUAAUAUAUCAGGCCCUGGAAUAAAAGGAGAUAUCAGUGGCCCAGGAGCAAAUAUAGAUAUAUCAGACAUUAAAAGUUCAAAACCAAAAAAGGCACUUUUUGAUUUUCCCAUAGCAGAUAUAAAAUUCCCAAAACUGAAAGGUCAGGAUGUGAAAGUAGAUCUUCCCAAAGCAGAUAUACAGGUUCCACAACUGAAAGGAACAGACAUUAAUGUUGGUCUACCUAAAUCAGAUAUAGAGAUCCCCAAAGUGAGUGGACUUCCUAAAGCAAAUAUAGAUGGUCCAGGACUGAAAGGGCCAGAUUUAGCUUUUGACCUUCCCAAGGUAGAUUCACACAUGCCAAAAAUGAAAGUUUCUGACGUAAAUAUAGCUCUUCCAAAAGCAGAUAUACAGUUUCCAGAAUUGAAUGGUCCAGAAGCAAAUGUAGACCUCCCCAAAGCCAAUUUCCAAGGCAUCAUACUAAAAGGUCAAGAAAUAAAUGUUGACCUGCCUAAAGGUGAUCUCCACAUUCCAGAGAUGAAAGGAAAAGACCUUAACCUACCAAAAGCAGACCUACAAAUUCCAAAACUGAAAUGUCCAGAAGCUGAUGUUCAUCUACCCAAAACAAAUAUACAAGUUCCAAACUUGAAAGGACCAGGAGUCAAUGUAGAGCUUCCUAAAGUCAAUUUACAUGCACCCGAAAUAAAAGGACCAGAACUGAAUCUCCCUAAGGUAGACAUUAAUAUGCCAAAAUGUAAAGGUCCAGAUGUGAACACGGGUAUUCCUAAAGUAGAUGUAGACAUGCCUAAUGUAAAAGGUCCAGAAAUUAACCUUCCUAAGCUAGACAUAAAUAUGCCAAAACUUAAAGGUUCAGAUGUAAACUUUGGAAUGCCUAAAGUAGAUGUAGACAUGACAAAAGUAAAAGGUCCAGAAGUAAAUCUUCCUAGUGUAGACAUAAAUAUGCCAAAACUUGAAGGUCCAGAUGUGAACGUUAGUAUUCCUAAUGUAGAUGUAGACAUGCCUAAUAUAAAAGGUCCAGAAAUAAAUAUUCCUAAAGUAGAAAUAAAUAUGCCAAAACUUAAAGGACCAGACGUGAAAACUGGUAUUGCUAAAGUAGAUGUAGAUAUGCCAAAUGUAAAAGGUCAAGAAGUAAAUCUACCUAAAGGUGAUUUACACAUUCCAACACUAAAAAAUCCAGAGGUGACUCUUGAUGUUCCAAAGCCUGAAAUGAAAGGUAAAUUGAAAAAACCUUCAUUUAACUUCUUUAAUUUUAAAAGAGAUACACUCAAAGCAGAAACAAACCUAAAAACCCCAACGGUUGAAGCAACUGGUAACAUACCCCAUAUGGAUUUAAAAGGAGAUACCAAAGGUCUAGAUACCAAUAUAAAUGUGCCACAGAUAAACCUUAAAAGCCCUGACAUGAAAAUUGAAGCUCCAAAUUUGAAAAACACAGGUUCAUUCCAAAUUUCAGGUCCCAAAGUUGAAACACCUGAUUUAGAAGUGGGCAGUUCUUUAAAGGCACCACAGAUUGAUGUCAAAGGUCCAAAUGUAAGGACAAAUGCUAAAUUUAAAAUGCCUUCAUCUUCUCAGACGGCAAGUCUUGACAUAGACACACCUGAUGUAAAGUUGGAUGGGUCCUUGAAAACUCGACAAGUGGAGUUAAAUGCACCACAGAUAAAUAUUAAAAGUUCUGAGAAACCAAAUGUAGAUGCAACCAUUUCUCAAGGAACUUUUAAAAGUCCACCAACCUCAGCUAAUUUGAAAGGUUCAAAAUUCAAAUUCCCAACUUUACAUAUUUUCAAGAAUAAACUUGGUUUACCAGAUGCUGACCUAGGCUUGGAAUGUACAAAAUCGGAAAAAAAUGCUUCUCCACCAAAUAUAUCAGGGAACAUCACAAUGCCAAAUCUAAAGUAUAGUGCUCCAGAUGUCAGUUUUGAAGAAUCUGAUAAAAAGAGCUUGCCAUGGUUUAAACUGCCAACUCUUGGAAAAUCAGAUGCCAAAAAAAAAAUUCCAGAUGUACAAUUGCCAAAAGAUAAUGUCCACUUAAGCGGCCCAGAGCUGAAUGCAGAUUUACCAAGUAUUAGUGGCAAAGGUAUUAAAUCUAAAAUCCCAGAUGCUAAUUUGAAAGCAGUGGUUCCAGAAUUAGAGGGGAAUAUACAAGGCCCAGGUACUGAAAUCACAGCACCAAAGGUUAAUAUGGAAAGUGAAGAAGGGAGCAUGCAUUUUCCUACAUCUCUUUCAGGUCCCAGCAUUGACCUACCUGACAGUAAAAUACAAUUGACUGGUUCAGAGAAAUCCCCAUCUCAAAGAAGAAGCCCUGGCUUGGGUCUUGACCUGCCAUCUGCCAAUUUCAGUGCCCCUAAAAUAAAAGUCAAAGUACUGCCAGAUGAUGGUAUUCAUAUAAAAGGUCAAACACUAAAAAAUGAUAUCAGACUGUCUUCCAAAGCUAGAGAGUGAUGCAUUAGAUGAUAUUGACAUACUGUAGAUCUGCCAUCUGCAAAAGUCAAUGCACCAAUGUGAAAGGAGCCAUUCUCUGGUAAAACAGAGGUGCCACCUAUUAAUAUCAAUUACCCCAAGUAAACAGUGACAUUUAAAUCUCCCCAUCAAAAUUGUAAAGCUGUAAAAAUGAUGACCUUACUGUGGGAGUCUAUAUUCAACCUGGUUAAUGAAUGCCCGAACUUUGAAAACGCCAAUCUCUGGUCAAACAGAAGCUCUUGGUGAUGAUACAAAAUGCCCUGAUCAAGGUUCCCAACAAAACAAAUUGACCUAACAUGGAAUGUGAUUCCAACACAGCUGAUCCACAUUCUAAAUUCAAAUAUAUAUUUUUUUCAAGUCAAAAUUGUGCUUUCCAGAAAUUGGCUUUGACAUCUCCCCGCCACGUAUAAACACUUCAUAGACAUUGGCCAGUGUACUUACUUAAAAAUAUUUACUUACUUAAAAAUAGCAUUCUAAAAAGAUAAGCUACCAUUUUAUUCGGUUCAUUUUCGUUGGAUGAAAGUAUGUCCAAUUUAGUAGGAUCUUCUUUUUGUCCAGAUUUUAUUUGAUUCUGGCCUCUUUCAUCAACAUUUGAUGAGACCACAACUCCUUGCUCUCGUUUGUCAUCGGUUCACUUACGACUAUCUAUUGAUGAAUCAUAGUCUUGUGUAGUCAAAACGAGUGAUAUCUCUUUGGAGCUCAGGCAUCUGGGUGAGUUCUGCCCUUCCCUCAAAGACAUGAAUUAAGGACUUCCUCUAAGCACUAUGAAACCCAUCCCUUGAACCAUUCCUUGAAGUGUCUUGCAUGAAUUUUUGGGCUCCAGAUAUUUUUCUAACACAAAAAAGUGUUUAUUGUUCAGUACUUUUUUUGUACUCUUCUAAAACAUUUUUAAUCUAUUGGAAGAACAUUUUCAUCUUUCAGCCCUGAAGCCUUAGAUUUGAGGCAAACAUGAAGGAAUAGCUUCAUUAUCGGGUAUAACUAGCCUGUAGCCUGACACUUAUUUUUGUACUAAUGUUUAAUCUGGGAAUCAUUUUUCACCAACAGCUAUAGGUUGGCUUUCUUGUAGUACUUUUCUCCCGGGCUUUCUUUAUUGACCUAUUUAUUUAUUACGUUUUAGUUCUUGGGUUUUUAUUUAAUAACUUGCAUAAUGGUAAUUUGCAGAAGAUUAUUAGCCCUUUUAUUUGCACACACAUAGGUUAAGAAAAAAUAUUAUGUGAACAUAGUAACCAGUAUAUUACAUUUUUACUUUAUAUGUAAAAAAAAAGCAGGAAAUAAAGUAAAUUUAUAAAUAGCAUAUGUACAUUUCUGUUUUAAUUCAUAUCAUUUUUAUUGUCAGAUAAUACUCCAGAAUGUAGCCCAUUGAUGUAAAUGCCUGUGUUUGUCACAAAACCUCAUAUGAGCAAGUGCAGUACACGUUUUCCCAAACCACACUUAACCUAAACUUAAAGGGAGGAAGUAAUGAAUAGUUCUGUAUACAAUUUGUACAGAGGCCUUACACGUCUUAUUCUCAGGCUGGUCUGCUUCACCUAUUCUUUUAAAUAUUCUGAAUAACCUAAUAAAGUUUUUGAGCAACAACAUUAUGUUGACAUAUAUGAACCGAGUUUAUUGUAAAACCAUUUAUAUGUAUUAUAGAUAUAUUUUUAUGUAUUGUCUUCUGUUGCUACAGAUAUUGAAAUGUAUUGCUUUAUUAUUUAAUAAAAUUCAUUAAAAUGCA